AGAAUUCGAAACAACUAGCUCUCAUCAUCGUAGACAAGGAUUAUAUAAAGGUUCGAACAUAGAUUUUAUCUCAUCACAAUCUGAACUUAAUUUUAAUGCUGAUGAUGUUACUAUAGAUAAGUCAAAAAGAGAGCACAAAAUAGAUAGUGCGGUUGGUAUGCGUCUACUAAGACAAAAUCUAAUUGUAUUUUUGGUGGUUGAAUUUAAAAAGCCAGGUGUGGAUUCUGGAAAUGAUAAAAAAAAACAGUUGCAAGAACAAUACGAUCAAUUAGAUAUAACUGUUUAUGAUAUUUCAGGCAGCUUGUUGGGUCAUUGCCACCUGUUAAAACGAAGUAUAUAUAUGCUAUUGAAAGAUCAAUUAAAACAUCACACCAUAGAUUAUAUCGAAUUACUGAUGGCAAUUAAGAUGCUAUUAAAAGAUUUGAAAUCUCAAUUUCAAGGUGUUGAAAAAACUUUGAGUAAGAUAAUUAACAAUGGUAAUAAGGAUAAUAAUGUAAAAAUAUCUGUAUAUAAUGGUACUAUU